AUGUUGGCAUUGCCUAAAGGCGGGCAAAAUGGAGUACAUGGUCCUGUGACAUGUGUUCCAGCUAACAUUGUUCAGACUAGCAAUGUGCUGCCCCGUUCCACUAUGGAAGGGUCUUUGCUACCUGUAAAACUGAAACGUAAGCUAACUUACAAAGGGCAUUACAGGUAUCAGUAUGUUGACACUUUGCAUAUUAGGGAAGCCUUGCGGUAUUUAAAACAGGCUAAUGUGCAUUAUAAAGACAUUGAGUUUAAUGAGGAGUGGCUCAAUGAAUUAGGCAGACAACCAGAUGUAGAGGAUGUAGAAGUAGGUAGUGAUGCUAGAGGAGGAUGUAGUGAGGAAAUGGCAGAUGUUGAAGAACAGAUUUUGCAUGAUGGACAGCAGGACUGUAUGUUACAGGACACUUGCUCCAUGGCUGUUGAUGUUGAGGAGGAAUCCCUAGAUCAGUAUUUUGAUGAUAUGCUGAGCCAGGAGAAAAGACAGGAAAGAUUGUGUGACACAGUAGAAAGUGGUGAUGCAACUUUAGAGGGUGAAGAUGAACUUUUGCAUGAUCGACAGCAGCACUGUAUGUUCCAGGACACCUGUCUCAUGCCUGUUGAUGUUGGUCAGGAAGCUCUGGAUCAGUAUUUUGACGAUAUACUGAAUCUGGCUCCAGGAGAAGGGAACAGUCCUGUGAAAAUGCUGUCUGAUCUUGCAAAUGAAGCCAAAUGCUUCCCAGUGUUGUUCCCCCUGGGACACAACACCUAUCAUGAGAGUAGGCCAUAUCGUUUGACAAUGUCACGAUAUCUUAGCAACAGGAUUCUACAUGCUGAUAGCAGGUUUGCUCAGAAUGUAGAAUACAUCUUUUUUGGUCAGUACAUGUCUGAAAUUCAACAGGUUGUGUCCAGUGUGUCGAUUGCGUUACGAAAAGGAAAGGGAGACGGUACGACACAAAAGGUGAGCAACCGCUUGUUGAAAGAUGACGAGUCUUUGAAGAAGCUGUUGCAGUAUGAUGAAGGGUAUCGUUUUCUCAAACCGAUCAGAGGUACCCCGUCUUUUUGGCAAGGAGUACAGCUUGACUUGAUUGCUUGUGUUCGUCAGCUGGGUAUUCCUACGUGGUUCUGUUAAUUUUCUUCUGCUGAUCUGCGGUGUACUAAUCUUCUGCACAGUAUUCUGAAGCAGGAAGGGAGAACUCAGACAGUAGAAAGUUUGGAGUGCAGAUGUGACCUGCUCCGACGUAAUCCUGUCACUGCUGCCAGGAUGUUUGAUUUCCGCUGGCAUGUUUUUCUGAAUUUUUCUGAGGUUCUCAAGUCUCCAUUGCAUCCAAUCGGUAAAAUUAUUGACUACUUUUACCGAGUGGAAUUUCAGCAGCGAGGUUCGCCUCAUGUUCAUUGUCUGUUUUGGAUUGAGAAUGCCCCCAAGAUAGACGAAAACACAGAUGAAGAGGUAGUUCAGUUCAUCGACAAGUAUGUAACAUGUGAACUACCUUCACAAGACGAAGGUUUACUUGACAUUGUGACAUCUGUGCAGCAACAUUCAAAGAGGCAUUCAAAGACGUGUAGGAAGAAUAAAACUGUUUGUCGGUUCAACUUUCCCAGACCUGCUUCCUCACAGACAUUUGUGUGCCACACCACGGAAGAUGAGGCAUCCAAAAACAUGUGCCAAUGUAAGAAUGUUGAUGUCAACACAAAUCAGGUAAUAUGCACAUGUGGGAAACAGGGUCAGGACAAGCCUGAGAAGAUGGAUAAAGAGCUUGCCUCUAACAUUUUGAAAGCAAUCAAGAGUGCUCUGUCAAAUGAGGACCUUACCUUUGAUACCACAGAAAAUUUGUUUCAAUCUUUGGGUAUCAAUCAAGCCCUUUUUGAGGCUGCAUACAAACGUUGUGCCAGAAAAACACACGUUGUUUUAAAAAGGCAGCCUAAUGAAGUUUGGAUUAAUCAGUAUAGUAAACCACUGCUAAAAUGCUGGAAUGCAAAUUUGGACAUCCAGUAUGUGGUUGAUGCAUAUGCCUGCAUUGUCUACAUCAUAUCUUACAUUUCCAAGGCAGAGCGGGAAUUGUUGUUGGCAAAUGCCCAGAAAGAGGCUAGUAAAGGUAAUGUCAGUGCAAAACAAGCAUUGAGAAACUUGGGCAGUGUUUAUCUUCACAACAGAGAUGUGUGUGCUCAAGAGGCAGUUUAUAGAUUAACAAACAUGCAUCUCAGGGAAAAUUCUAGGAACGUUGUGUUUGUCCCAACAGGGGAAAAUGUUGUGAAAAUGAGCCUGCCUAUAAAUGUGUUGAGGGAAAAAGCAACUGCAAAUGAACUUACCACUUCAGACAUGUGGAUGACUAGUUUGGUUGAGCGUUACAAGAAUCGACCAAACAACAGCACAUUUAAUAACAUGUGCAUAGCAACAUUUGCUUCAGAAUAUCGUAUUCUGACAAAAAAUCAAAAAUCCAAGAACCCAAUUAAAUUGAACAAUAAUUGUGGUUUUGUCACUAAAAGAACACAAACACAAACGGCAGUUGUUCGUUAUAUGCGCGUUUCUGAGACCAAAAAUCCAGAAUUAUUUCACAUGACUGUUUUGCAGUUGUUUUUGCCCUAUCGCGUAGACGAGCAGUUGAAGCCUCCAAAUUUUGAAUCGUUUGAACAGUUUUAUGAUGAUGGUCAUGUUAGGUUGAGUGAUGGGUCAUUUCAGUCUGUCAAAUCAGUGGUUGACCAAAACAGAGGCAGGUUUGAAAAAAUUGACUCAGCAACAUUGACUAAUAUCCAGGAAUCGGUAGAUCUCAGCGAUGAAUUUGAAGAUGCCUGGGCUCAACUGUGCCCAGAGCAAGAGAUCGAGCGAGCUGAUAGCAAUCAGGAACGGACAGAGAGCAGACAGGUUGUGGAGGAAAACGAAACCGAAAACAUUCCAGAUUUAGCGGUCACCAGUGAACAGGUUGCACAUUUGGAAAAGAAAACCAACAUCAUGUGCAGAAGUGACGGAUUGGCUUUGAUUAGGUCUUUGAAUGAAACACAGCUGUCUAUUUUCUAUGAAAUUCGUCAGUGGUGUUUGGCCCAGAUCAACGGUCAAAACCCUGAUCCAUUUCAUGUGUUCAUCACAGGUGGUGCAGGGACAGGGAAGAGUCAUUUGAUCAAGGCCAUUCAAUAUGAGGCAACGAGGUUAUUGUCACCAGUGUGUCGUCAACCUGACAACAUUUGUGUCCUGUUAACCGCUCCCACUGGGAUUGCUGCAUACAAUUUGCAUGCAUCAACUAUACACAGCACGUUUAGCAUUGGAAAGGAUGUGCGCUUGCCAUACACCCCUUUGGGUGAAGAGAAGCUCAAUUCUUUGCGGGCUAAAUAUGUUGAUUUGCAGAUAUUGAUAAUUGAUGAGAUAUCAAUGGUGGACCAUAACCUCUUAGCUUAUAUUCACGGCAGAUUGAGGCAAAUUAAACAGACCGGUGACUAUUCCCCAUUUGGGAACGUCAGCGUGAUUGCUGUUGGAGAUUUUUUCCAGCUUCCUCCAGUCCGAGGUAAACCUCUGUACAUUGACAAUGGACCCAUCAACUUGUGGUCUAGUUUUAGUGUUGUUGAGCUGACUGAGAUAGUCAGACAGAAGGAUGGUGUUUUUGCACAGCUGUUGAACAGAGUUAGAACUCGUUCAAAGGGUACCCCCAUGCUGCAGAGUGACGUAGACAUUUUGAAAAAUUGUGAAACCGGUGAAGUCAGCCCAGCUUUACACAUUUUCCCAACAAAUAUGCAAGUAAAUGGGCACAAUACUCUGCAGUUAAGGGAGACCUGUCUCGACUAUGUCGAGAUAAAUGCUAAAGAUUACGUGAAUAGCAAGAAAAUAGGGAACCUUGAGCUGAAAGGUCGACAUCAUGCCAACACUUCUCACACAUGUUUGGCUGAGAAGUUGUUGCUUGGCAGAGAUGCACGGGUGAUGUUGAUCAAAAAUAUCGAUGUAAUGGAUGGUCUAGUGAAUGGUGUUUGUGGCACUGUAACAGACAUAAUUAGGUCAGAGACUAGUGACUUUCCUCUUAAAAUCUAUGUGAAGUUUGAUGACGAGCAUGUGGGUGCACAGAGGAGGAAGGAGUCACCAAAUGUUCCCAUAGAUUUAAUUGGUUCUACAGCCAUUGAACCAGAAGAGGAAAGGGCUACAAAAAAUGGUGGCAUGAGACGACAGUUUCCCCUUAAAUUGGCAUGGGCUGUUACAGUACACAAAGUUCAGGGAAUUACUGUUGAUGAAGCUGUGGUUUGUCUUGAGAGGGUAUUUUCAGCUGGGCAAGCCUAUGUUGCAUUAAGUCGUGUUAGAAAUUUGUCAGGAUUGAUAAUUCAAGAUUUCAAAGAGAAAGCAAUAUAUUGCAAGGACGACAUUAAGGAUGCAAUUCAGAAUAUGCCCAAAUUCCCGAUAAAAAAUGUAUUCACAGAACACAGAUCAAGUAAACAAACAUUCACUGUGUUCUUGAUGAAUGUACAAAAUUUAACUCUUCACCUUGCAGAUUUGGCAACAUGUACACAGCAUUUGCAGCUUAACUGUAUUGCUGUUACAGAAACAUGGCUACCAGCUUCUCCACAAGCCCAAACACUAAACAUUGAUGGCUAUACUUUUCAUAGUUGUCCUCGCAGUUCGUCCUAUUCUAGCAACAAUCUGGCCUUAAUUGCUUUGCAAGGACAACAACAUGGUGGAGUGGGCAUGUACACUUCAAACAGUGUGGCAUAUGAAAGACUCCAAAUGCUUGAUGUAAAUUUAGAAUGUUUAAUUUUUAAAAUCAUUAGUUAUGAGAUAUUGGUAGCCGUGAUUUACAGACCACCUUCAUAUCCCAUGUCUUUGUUUAAAGAACAUCUCGGCAAAUUAAUUGAUUGGCUAGAUCCACAGUGUGAAACUAUCACAAUCAUGGGAGAUUUCAAUGAUGACAUUUUAAAAUCAUCAUCAAUCUGCAAAUUUGUAACUGACAGAGGCUUUGUUCAGGACGUCUCAGAACCAACCACAGAGAGAGGUACUUUAAUAGAUCAUGUGUAUUUAAAGUCCUCACAGUAUGUUGUUGGGUCUGUUGUUUGUCCCACUUACUUUAGUGAUCAUGAGGGGAUUUUGUGUACUUUGACGGUUGUAGAUGAUGAUGAUGAGGAACUGUAA